CUUUGCCUUGGGCUUGAGCUGGAGAUCUGCAGCAGCUUAUAACAGACAUCCUUAUUCAUAUCGUGCAGCACAUGUCCCUAUUCAUAUCGUGAUAGUGGAUUCCUGGCCAGUCUGCAGCUUUGGGAUUGAUAGAUUGGGAUCUUUCUAGGUUUGAAGAAACAGGAUGCCUAACAACGGAGAGCCAUUUAACAAGGCUCAGAGCUCUGUCGCUUCAGGGGGCAAUGGAAAGAAGACUCCACGCUUACCUAAGUGUGCCCGUUGUAGGAACCAUGGCUAUUCAUCGCCUUUAAAGGGUCACAAGCGCUUCUGUAUGUGGAGAGACUGCCAGUGCAGAAAGUGCAGCCUGAUUGCUGAGAGACAACGCGUUAUGGCUGCCCAGGUUGCUUUAAGAAGGCAGCAGGAUCAAGAAGAGGAAUUGGGAAUAAGCCAUCUAAACCCUCUACCAAAUGCAGCAGAAUUGCUAGUAAAACGGGAGCAUGUUAGCAACAAUUCCUGCCCACUGCUGGAAAACAAUUACACUCAGGCGACAAGUGUACCAUCGACCAGCUCUUCAGAGAACAAGAUGCUUGUUCAGGAUAUACCCUCUGCUACCAGCAGAGGGCAUGUGGACAGCACGUCUGACUUAGUUGUGGACUCCUUUUUCUAUAAACCAUCCUUCUAUCCCUACUACAACAAUCUGUGCAAUUAUUCAUCCUACCAGAUGGCUGUGACUUCUGAUGGUACAAGUGUUGGUGAUUUGGGUGCCAUAGCUGGACCACCAAUAAAGAACACUUUUAGGAGCAUCCCAGCUGCUUAUGUCCAGGCCCAGACAGGAAAUCAGUGGCAGAUGAAAAGCACUGAAAACCGUCUUGCAGGACAUAACACAAGCUCCCAGUACAGGAUGCACCCUUACUACACACCAUACAUGGGACAGAGCUUGGCCACACCUGCCUGUGUUCAACCCAUCUUCCCUUUCGAGGAAAACCUGUCUUACCCUGAGGUCAAAGCAAGUGGGACUUUUCAAGGAGUGAGAAACCAGGUUCAAGAAACAGUGUUUUCUCCACCAAGCAGCCAGGACUCUGGAUUGACUUCCUUGUCCUGCAACUCUUCAGUCAGCAACGAGAGCACCAAAGGUGUAGCCGAGUGCGAAGCCCCUACUGAAGCCUCUCCAUAUACAGUUACUACUAUUACUGAUGAUGGGGAGUAAGGUCAUCUGGCACUACCAACAGGGUCACCCAACAUUACAGAAAGCGUUUAACAUUACAGCCUAUAUUUAAAGGCAAAAACAUGCAGUAAACAGGCAUUGUUUUGAUCCACAUAACACAUUGCUUUGCCUUUAAAUACAGGUCUUGUCUUUAUCAUAAUACAUGAUUAAAUUGACUUCCUGUUAGAUAAUGUUACAGUUACCUGUUGUGACAAAGUUGUGAAAAAAUCUUACCUUUUUUAGUUAAUGAACUAGCAUUUCUAUGAUAAUGGAUUCUGGGUAAAAGAAUAAUAUGAACAAAAUGUUCAAUGUCCAAUCCUGCUAUAUUUAAUGGUGCCAAUCAAGAUAAGUCACUAUGUAACCAUAUACAUCUCAGCCAAUCCUGUCAGAAUAGAAGACAUUGCCAAUUAUGACAGUUCUAGUGAAAAACAGUGUAGCCGGUCCAGUGACUACGUCUGUUUUGUAGUCAAAAGCUUAAAAACGAAGAAAUACUUUAGAACGCUCACUUGGUCUUAUUGGUUCAGUUGUUGCAAGUGUUCCCACAGGAAUAGAGUAAAGGCCCUUUUACAUGGUCUGAUUAUAGGGCGACUGAGCCCUUAUUCCUGAUCAUGGUCCUGUGUAAAUGGGGUAGUGAUCAGCCGACAAAGUAAAAAAUGCUUUUUUGACGGCUUAUUACAUCUUCUUGGCCCUGUGUAAGCAGGUGAUGUGUAGCCGACAAAGAUGAAACAAAUGAAGACAUAAACUGCGUGUUUGUGUUUUGUGUUGUCUUUUAAAUGGGUCCCUAUGUAUGACAGGUGCCACUAUUGUCAGAAUUCCCUAUGAAUUGUCUUUAAAAUAACACAAAAGCGCAGUAAACUCCAGUAGGAUCCAAUCCAAAGCUAGACAGAUACUGGAAAAUGUAAUGGAUUAUUCCAUUAAGACAAGCAUAGGGCAAUUGGACAUAAUAGAAGAGUCCAAUGCAGCCAGUGCUACGCAUUACUACUAGUAUUACAUGUUACCUUAUUGAUUACAAUGGGGCCAUGUUAUACCAUAUUUUUCUGCCACUUUCAGAGUAAGGUGUGGGUGUAUACAGCUCUUCCAUGGUGUCAGACUCAUGAGGGUCAGUAGAUAUUCCAGUGUUUCCCAACCAGGGUGCCCUCAGCUGUUGCAAGACUACAACCAAAGGCUGUCCAGGCAUGCUGGGAGUUGUAGUUUUGCAACAUCUGGAGGCACCCUGGUUGGGAACCACUGGGAUGGUCAGUGGGUUCACAUUCAAGUGGGAACAACUUGUGGCUGGUUAAUGCCAUCCAUUUCCUAGAGCCAUUAAAGAGAAACAUUGCAUGCCACAUUUCUUUGACCUAUAUGCUAGUGCAGUGGUUCCCAACCAGUGUGCCUCCAGCUGUUGCAAAACGGCAACUCCUGGCAUGCCUGGACAGCCUUGGCAUGCUGUGCGAUGUUGUAUUGCAACAGCUGGAGACACACCGAUUGGGAAACACUGCAUUAGUAGCCUGCGCAGCUUUUCCAUCAAUGGCAUCUGGCUCAGGCAUUCCUCGUGAAGCCGGACCAUUACAGACCAUUACAGUGUAACUGGUACUGAACAGUUUCUAAAAGUCAUAUUAACUUCACUGAAAAGAAUGGACCACAAGUCACAUUUUAAUGCUUUUAAGCUAAUAUGGGUACAAAAAGUUCAACUUUGUGGUUGAACGCAAACUACAAUACAGACUUUCCAACCCAUAGGGGGAGAUUCAUCAAAGCCUGUGCAGAGGAAAAGGGGAGCAGUUGCCUAUAGCAACCAAACAGAUUGUUUGUUUUAAUUUUCAGAGGCCCUUUAAAAAAUUUAAGAAGCUAUGUCAUUGGUUGCUAUGGGCAACUGAUCCACUUUUCCUCUGCACAGGUUUUGAUAAACCUCCCCCUAUAUGCAGGGUUGAGAGAAUACCAGUUGUAUUUCCAGUAUUACGGAGGCACCCACCGCAACAUAUACGAGUUUUAAAGUUUUUUGUUAGAUUUCUGUGUGACGCAUUGCUUUUAUUAAGCCAACACUUUACCGGUAAAGUGUAAUGGAUCCAGUGUUAACGUUCAGCCUAGUGUGGAAACGUUACAAUGUGUUGCGUUCUCGCUCUCCACCUUCCAGGCCGAGAUGCAUUGUUCUCUGUUGUUGCAGCUGCAAUGAAAAAAAAAAUUUUAUUGAUGACUAAAUCUACCUGUGUGUAUACUUGGUAAGCUGUAUUAAAAUAGAAAAAAAAAAAAGAAA